AAGGAAGAGGCUAAACCAGGCUGUGACAAAGUGUAUUGAUCUCAGGCUUCAUUUGAGGGUGUGUAAGACUACAAUUUAACCUGUCCUGGAUCCAGUCAUUCUUCUAUAUUCUAACACAAACGUUUUUGUCUGCUUUUUUUUUUUAGAAACAAGAAACAGCGCGACCUCUGCUUGGUUAGGGAGGAGCACUUACUUCUGUUUUUGGACUUUUGUCGUCAAUGGAGAGGAUCAUUCCUGGUGGACUUAUGUAAAAAAAAAAAAGAUCAACCCCACAACAACCCGAUUUCCUGCUAUUCGGAACCGACUCAUUUGUGACAUGUAGAAACUGGAGAAGGCACAAGAUUCUGAGACAUAGAGGAAGGCCUGAAGGAUUGAGAAUGUCCCGCUGGCUCUGUUUCCCCUGCCUGGGAAUGUUGAUAGUGAUGGCGGCCACCAAAGACAUUCUGGAUAAGUGUUUGUCAUCGAACCGUAAAUACACCAUGAAUGUGGUACUAUUGGAGGAUAACACUUACGGAUGGAGUCGACCAUUCGUGCAGAAGGCCGUGGAGCGAGCCAUUGAACUGGACAGACAGGAGAACCUCAAACACGGCUUAGACUUCACUUUGACGGCAAACUACAAUGGGUUCAACACCACCGUGUACAACAGGCAGGGCUGUGGGAGCAGCACCUGUGAGGGGGUGGCCAUACUCAAGAUGCUGCAUACUCUUAACGAAGUGGGCUGCGUCAUGUUGGGGCCUUCCUGCACGUAUGCCACCUUCCAGUUGGUGGAUGAAGGAAUUGGCUUGAGCCUGAGCAUUCCAGUCAUCUCUGCUGGAAGCUUUGGCCUGUCGUGUGACUACAAACCCAAGCUGACCCGCCUUCUGCCUCCAGGACGCAAAGUCAGCGACCUGUUAGUGAAAUUUAUAAAUGAAACUCUGCCUUUUAAGAAAAGGUGGGAGAAAGUGUACGUGUAUAAGAAGUCUGGCAAUGUUCCUGAGGACUGCUUCUGGUACAAUAAUGCACUGGAAGCACCUUCGGCCACAUUUAGCUUAAAUGCACAAAGAGAAAUGCUGCGUGGUGAGGCAGAGCUAUUAGAGGUCCUGAAAUCUUCCAAAAGACACAGUAACAUUUUCAUCUUAUGUGGGGGUGUAGAUGACAUACGUUCAAUACAGCAAAGAGAAGAGUCACUUCAUCCCGACACCAUGUUCAUACUCCUUGAUCUUUACAACCCAGAUUAUCAUCUCAACUCCACAUCUGCUGAGGGGAUGCAAAAUGUCCUAGUUGUCACUCUACCAAAGAGGAACUACACUUAUGGAUCAAACUUUACUUACAACGAUACGAUAAAUGAUUAUGUGGCUGGAUAUCACGAUGGCGCUUUACUAUUUGGUAAAGUGCUCAGAGAGAGGAAACUCAGCCAACGAGAGAACAAGGAAUCAACUAAUGUACCUCUGAGUGACAACCCAUUUGGAAACAUCACUUUUCAAGGCAUGGGCGGAAACUACGUGUUAGAUGAGUAUGGUGACAGAGAUGUUAACUUCUCCAUCAUGUACACAUCAACCAUUACUGGCGAGUAUGAAACACUGUUAGUAUUUGAUACAACUCAAAGCAAAACCGUGUGGUUUCACUCAAAUCCCUCCCUGCCUUGGAAAGAAGGUGUUCUGCCUGAUGAUGAACCGGAAAAAUUACAAGGCUUAAGUACGCAGGAUAUGAUAGUGAUUGUUUUGGGGGUCAGUGUUGUGGUGGUAACAGCCAUCGCGCUCAUCUUUUACAGGCAGAACAGGAAAGAGCGCCGUAUGCAGAAGAGGUGGUCCCACAUUCAACCACACCUUAUUGGCCCUUUGGAUGAAAAGGAGGUCUCUUUGAAGAUUGAAGAAGAGAAGAGGAAGGACAGUACAUACUUCACUCACAGAGGCCGAUAUGACAGGAAGCCUGUUAUCUUGAAAGAACUGAAAAACACUGAUGGAGAUUUCAACGAGGCUCAGAAAAUUGAGCUAAACACUCUGCUGCGCAUCGAUUACUACAACCUAACUAAGUUUUAUGGCACAGUGAAGUUUGAGUAUGGGGUGUUUGGGGUGUUUGAGCUGUGUCAGAGGGGCUCCCUUCGGUACAUUCUUAAUGACAGGAUAUCCUACCCAGAUGAAACCUUCUUGGACAUGGAGUUUAAGAUAUCCGUCAUGUAUGACAUAGCAAAGGGCAUGUCGUAUCUUCACUCAAGCAACAUUCAGGUUCACGGUCGCCUCAAGUCCACCAAUUGUGUGGUGGACAACCGCAUGGUGGUCAAAAUCACGGACUUUGGUUGCAACACCAUCUUAAGGCCAGGCAGAGAUGUGUGGACUGCCCCGGAACACCUCCGUAAAGAUGGGGUGUCUCAGAAAGGGGAUGUCUACAGCUACGGCAUCAUUGCCCAUGAGAUUGUUACGAGGCGGUCGCCGUUCUAUUCACAGUACUGCUCUAACACUGCAGAGAAGAUCUACAGAGUGCAAAACCCCAGAAACAACAUGCUCUUCAGACCUGACCUCAACUUUGAAAACGCAUCAGAAAGAGAGAUUGAGCUAAACAUGCUGAUAAAAAACUGCUGGGAUGAAGACCCUGAUCGGAGGCCAGAUUUCAAGAGAAUAGAGUUGACACUGGGGAAGAUUUUCAGUAACCUCCACAACCAGGCCACUGAGACGUACAUGGACAACCUGAUCCGUCGUCUGCAAAUGUACUCCAGGACGCUGGAGAACCUGGUGGAGGAGAGAACCUCUCUGUACAAAGCCGAGAGGGACCGAGCGGAUCAGCUCAACUUUAUGCUGCUCCCAGGGCCAGUUGUCCGUUCCCUCAAGGAGACGGGUAGGGUUGAGCCCGAGCUGUUUGAGGAGGUGACCAUCUAUUUCAGUGACAUCGUGGGGUUCACCACCCUCUGCCACUACAGCACCCCCAUGGAGGUGGUCGACAUGCUCAACGAGAUCUACAAGAACUUUGACAGCAUCUUGGAUCAUCAUGAUGUCUACAAGGUGGAGACAAUCGGAGAUGCGUACAUGGUUGCGUCAGGUUUACCCAAACGAAAUGGCGACAGGCAUGCUGUGGAUAUCGCCCACAUGGCCCUGGACCUCCUCUCGUUUGUGGGAGCCUUUGAGCUGCAGCACUUGCCGGGGAUCCCUUUGUGGAUUCGCAUCGGCGUGCAUUCAGGUCCCUGUGCAGCCGGGGUGGUUGGAAACAAAAUGCCUCGCUACUGUCUUUUUGGAGACACGGUCAACACGGCCUCACGCAUGGAGUCGACAGGCCUACCUCUGCGAAUUCACGUAAGCCAGUCCACCAUAAGAACCUUGCAGAGGACAGACUGCAACUUUGAGUUUGAAAGAAGAGGAGAGACUUACCUGAAGGGUAAAGGCAAGGAGAUGACAUACUGGUUGACAGGGGUGACUGGUGGGAAAUAUAAUCUCCCAACACCACCGACAGCGGAGAACUUCCAGCGGCUCCAGCAGGACCUGGCAGAGAUGAUCGUGACCAGCCUAGAGAAACGUGGGGCCGGGAAAGAGGGCUUUGAGAAGAGAAAGACCCUGUCCACCAAAAUCCGCAUCAGAGAAACCGACAGCAGCAUGCAGAAAGAAAGCCCACCUGACUACUUCCACUUGGCUGUCACAGAUGCCCCUGGAACUUAUCUGUGAUAUCACGCACAUGGAGCUUUCCUUUUAAAGACUUUGAAGAUGUCAGCACUUUGGGGGGUUUGCUUUUGUGGACAGCUUUGCUGAUUCAGGGCUUGGAUUGGCUGGAGGAGCAGCAGUAGAGAACUCAGGCGUGUCAAAGGUGAGCCCAGUGCUACAGAUUUUUUAAGUUUGGUCCCUGGGUCACAAAUAACGGUUCUGAUUUCUGGCAAAUAUGCUCUACUUUUCUCACAGGCUGGUCCCACCUUAAAACCUAAAAUAACAGCUUCUUUGCAUCAGUUCAUCUCGUUGAUUAUGAAAAAUGGCAGCAAGUCUAUUCUUUCAGUUGCUCAGCCAAGACACAUGAGUCAUGGUUGAUUAACGUAAAUGGAUCUAUUUUCAGCGUUUUCUUUAAGGAAGCAUAGCCCUCUUUGCUGCUUUGCAUUCAUAAAAUGUUAAUGGGACACUUUCUAGUCAAAAUCCCUCUGAGUCACAAUACAAUCGCUCCCCCUUUCAACUUUGAAUACACAACUCUAUGCACAUGGCUGGUGUUACAGUGACGACAAACCCACUCACUCAAUUCCCCCGUAGGCUCUGUCUCCUUUGAGAUAGGUAAUAGCUUGAAGCAUAUCUUAUCUUACCCAGCUCAGGCGAACACACACAAAACUGAUUUAAAAAAAAAGUACUCAGCUAGUCUUCAUCAUUUGGAAUUUACUGUUAACUGUUUACUUCCUUCUUUGCAAUGUGUGGCGACAUGUGGCUUGAUUUUUUUAUUGUUUUUAGACAUGCAAAUGGGUCCUUUAAAGUAGAGAAAAAUGAAUUGUCGUCCCCUUUAAAGGGCUUUGUUUUCUCUUUAGCAGCAACUUACAAUCUUAAAUGGAGUAGACAACAUUCAAAGUACUCACAUUGAAUGGAAUACAGGAUUCUGAUGGGGUAGCAAAGUUUAAAGGUUCUUGUAGGAGGAUACUAGGACGGUGCAUUUUGGCUAAACUAAAAUAAAUAAGUUAUUAAUUCAAACAAAGACAACGUUAGAAUGUCCACACUGCUCUGAAUCAGUGUAAAGUUCUGGGACUGCUCCAGAUGAUUUGCUACUGAUCAGCUUUUUUUUUCUUUUGUUGACAUAGUGCUCACCAGUUAGAAAUCUAAAAGUAUGACACAACUGCUGAUAAACUCCGCUGAUCAAUGGUGGGGCACGCUGAACAGCCACUCUGCACACGGACAUUCUUCGGUUGAGAAAAUAGUUACAAGGAAAACGUUUGUCGGAUGAUCCAAAUGAGGACAGUGUAGACUUAAAUGACUUGAGUGACUUCUGUGGUUCCCUUUUAGCUUUUUGGUUCAACCGCCCUGUCAGAAUUCCAAGCUGUUUCUUAAAACUGAGAACUCUUUCACUGUUCACUGCUGAUGGCAAGUAACUAAGGUGCGUAACUACUUCAGGCAAUUAAUCUUGAAAAGUCAAGAAGAAGAGUAACAGCAACAAAACAAUAAGAGAUGAUGCUUCUCACUAAAGUCCAUCUAACCACAGUUAGAGUUCAUUGCUCCAUAUGACUGCAAAGGUGAGAAAUUUAAAUAUUGCAAACUCCCGCUUAGGUUACUUCUGCCUAAAGACCAAUAAAAACACACUGUUAUUAUCAAUCGCCAUUUCACCAUGUGGACUUUACUGAGACCGCUCCAUUCAGAGGAUAGUGAGUAAACUCCUCUGUAGUUUUUGCUUUAGACUGAGAAUUGUGUUUGUGUUUAGAUGUUGCCUGUAAGAAGCUAAUUGAUUAAGAAGCUUGGAAAAUUAUUUACCGUGUAAAUAGGAUUUUGCUGCUGCAAAGACAGUGGAACUGCACUUACCUACAAACUGAUGUGGAAAACCUUCCAGAGAUUUAUUGUGUGACAUAUGUUGAGAGAACCACACAACUUCCAAGGCCACUUAAGCAAAUCAGUAUCUAUCUGAACCAGAGCGCUCAUGGAGGGAGGCUGUUUUGUUAUUCUGCUUGAAUUCCAUCAAGGCGUAUCUAAUAAGUUGGCUUGUGAGUUUAAAUUCUUAUUUUUGUGACAUGAACCAACGUAGCUACCUGUCUUUUAGGACUUCUGAAAUAUUUCUGUGAUUAUUUGGUGUUUUAUUAAAUAAUGUCUGGAAAAUGGGA